CACACGUAUCUUGAAAAGCCAUGGCCGCCGAGUUCGACCUCCUUGCGGCGUGGGGCAUUGCGAUACCGUCGCCGCGGUCGUCCAGCUCGAUGGCCACUUCGAAGGAGGGAUACCGGAUCAUUCGGCCCACGCUGCGACCGCCUCUGCCCUCGAGUGUAUGGCGCGAUGUCGAAGCUGUCGCUCCGACGCCCCACGUACCACCGGCAACGCGCCACUGUGCGCGGCUGCGACGGACGGGGCUUUGCAAGCGGCCCGACUCGAUGAAGGACAUCGUCGAGCAAGCUAUUGUCUGCCAAAACACAUACGACACCGAGCCCGAGACAACGACGAUCCGCGACAGUCUGCGCGUCGUGCGCGAUCGGACGCUGCACAAAGCCACCACUACGACGACGUUGGCAGAGCGAUUGGUCAUCGAGGACCCCGAGUGCGCGCUCAAGCGACGCGUCCGCAUGCAGCCGCCGUGGCCCAAAGCAUACCUUCAUGCGUACUUGAGUGGCUCAGCGGCGGUGCCGGCCGAGCCCCGAGGCCCGCGUUCGACCGUGUCGGCAACACCACCAGCGCCGUUGGGCCGACCCCGGUCGCUCGAAGCUGUCGCAUCGUCGUCGAGUUCGGUGUGCUCGCAGUCGCAUGAGACGACAACACCGUUGGCGUCUCGGGUGGCCAAGACCAAGGAGAUGCUCAAGGUUUCGCGCAUGCUGGCAAAAGAGCGUCUCGCAUGUUAGCACACUUGGCAACUCGCGUUUGAAGAGACGUUUUCCCGUAGGAAUUGGAAAAGACUUGCAUAUUAAACGGGGUAAACGCAAGUUUUCGUUUGUACGAGUCCU